AUGGUCUCAGCUUGUCUUUGUGUUUUUUAUUGCAUAAAAAUUGCCAAUUUCAGCAACAGCUUUUUCAUCUAUCUGAAACUAAAAAUUGACAAGAUUGUUCCAUGGCUCUUGUUAGGAUCUGUGCUUUUGGCAUUUAUUUUCAGCAUUCUUGUCUACCACACCUCCAAUGAAACACAGUGUAACAAUCGCAAUUACAGCAGUCGGUAUUAUCUGAAACACAUUAUCAGACUGGAAGAACCUUUACUGCCUAUUGUUUUUGUCAUAGGAUUCCAUUCAUUAACAGCAGUCAUCUUUCUGCUCUUUUCCUUCUUUUCUUUAUGGAGACACAAAUGCAAGAUGCAGACAAACUCCAUGAAGAACCCCAGCAUGGAAGCCCAUGUCAAAGCCAUGAAAUCUAUUGUCUCCUUCUUACUGAUGUACAGCAUCACUUUGGUAUUUUUUAUUUUGACACUGAUUUAUGCAAGGAAGAAGAAAAUCACGAGGCUUUUCUUAUAUUUGUAUUACUCUAUGCUUUUCCAGGUGUUCAUACCUUUAUUCUGA